UUGAACCAGGGGAGGAGAAGCAGGUUGGGUUUGAACCAAGGGAGGAGAAGCAGGUUGGGUUUGAACCAAGGGUGGAGAAUACGCCAGGUUCAAGGUUCAGGAGAAAUAUCCCUAAUUCACAUCUUGCAAAAGUUGUUACCCGAACGCUAGAUGAGUUGUUCACGAAUAGAAAUUAUGAUUAUAAACUUCGGCCUAAUCAUCAAGGACCCUCAACUAAUGUUGAAGUAAACCUAAUGAUAAGAUCAAUGGGGCCUGUGGAUGAGAGUAGACAAGUAUUUACCCUGGAUUGCUACUUUAGACAAUUCUGGAUAGAUUCAAGGUUGAAGUUCAACAGUACAGGGACAGGGUUGGAUGAACUCCCCAUGAACUGGCAGUUUCUCUCAAGAAUCUGGAGACCUGAUACUUUCUUUCUUAAUGGAAAAGAUUCGUUUCUUCAUAAGGUUGCAGUACCAAACCGGUUUAUCCGUAUAUCCCCUGAGGGUCGGAUCUCCUACUCCCAGAGACUAACAGUGACCGCAACCUGCGCGAUGGACCUGAAAAAAUUCCCUCUAGACCGCCAGGCCUGUCCGCUAGAAAUAGGUAGUUUCGGACAUGAUGUAAACGAACUUGUUUACCAUUGGUCUGAGUCUGCUGCUUCCAUGGAAAAGGAUACAAUAGAAUUAGCGCAGUAUCUCCUGGUUUCCUGGUCAGUUGGACAGAAAAAUAGUUCUCUCAGGAAUGGACAGCAUUCUGUUAUAUUUGUUACUUUCAACUUUCAACGAGUUAUUGGGUUUUAUGUACUUCAGGUUUACGUUCCUUUGACUAUUGUUGUGAUGAGCUCUUGGGUCUCCUUCUGGCUGGUAAAAUACAGGAUGUCUCAUAAAAACAUGGAAAUUUAA